AGAGAUCAAAACCAAAAGAGUCAAGACUCUGUGAUAGAAGGAAGGCAGGCGAUAAAUUUCCUGCCUGGUCGUAGGAGGAAAGUGUUUUUUUCGGUGCUUUUACCUGGUCAAAACUAUUUGAAUAGAUCUUGAACUGUUCGGCGAAGUUCCCGGAUAUAGCUCGGAGGUUGAGUGCAAUUUUGCAGCUUGAGGGCCAACAUGUCGACCAGUGCCGGAUCGAGUAGCACUACCGGAGCAGCGGCUACGGGUAGCGGUGGUUCAGCUGGAAGUGCCGGAGGUAGCAGUGCGGCUGGUGCUGGCGGUGGCAGCAGCAGCGCUGGAUCAGGCGGUGGACGUCGCAACGGCAACGGAAGCGGCAACUCCACUCCCGAAGCGCCGGCUGUGCCCAAGCCUGAGACGAAGGAAACCAAGUCCAACCCGAAGAUUUCCAAGGCACUGGGCACCUCGGCCAAGCGUAUCCAGAAGGAGCUGGCGGAAAUCACACUGGACCCGCCACCGAACUGCAGCGCCGGCCCGAAGGGAGACAACUUGUACGAAUGGGUUUCCACCAUUCUGGGUCCACCCGGAUCCGUCUACGAGGGAGGGGUGUUCUUCCUGGAUAUUCACUUCUCACCAGAAUAUCCGUUCAAACCGCCAAAGGUCACAUUCAGAACGAGGAUAUAUCAUUGCAAUAUCAACAGUCAAGGUGUGAUCUGCCUCGACAUCCUCAAGGAUAACUGGUCUCCGGCGCUUACCAUCUCGAAAGUGCUGCUUUCCAUUUGUUCUCUACUAACAGACUGCAAUCCAGCUGAUCCACUGGUAGGAAGUAUUGCCACACAAUAUCUGCAGAAUCGGGAAGAGCAUGAUCGGAUUGCUCGCCUGUGGACUAAGAGAUAUGCAACGUGAUUUCCUAAAUCUGACGCUCUGUAUAUUUUUUAUGUGAAAAUCAGUAAUAUUUAUAAUUCUAACCAUAACGAAGGAAACAUACUACAACUAAUAAACUAAAUUGAAACAAGAGUAAUAAAAGUAGCAACAACUCAACAAAACAAAAACUCAAAAUUCCAAAAUUGAAAACCAAGAGAAUCCAACUGCGCGCUAGGAAAGACUUUCUCUCGAAGUAGGACUGUACACCCUUCUGCCGUGUCUGUGAGCUUCUCUCGCCGCCUCGACUCGAAAUCUUCUUGUGUUGUCGUCUCGUCCCCUCAUAUAUACUGUAUACACUACAAAACAUCGUCCAGUUUUCCGUUUUGCCUCUCGUGUCUACCGAGGAAAUCACAACAAAUCAGCACUCGCAAAUGUUACACUGUAAAUUUAAUUUUCCGUUGGUCUUUGUUUCUGUAUAGUCGCGCGUUACCGUUGUGGAUCGACAUGUGUGCCGUGGCUAUCACAGAUGAUAUGUAUAGGGUGUACCUUGGUGUAACGUAACAAUGGCAGCUUUCAAUUUCUCAAUGGAAGUUCAGAUGAACCGAAAACAAGUUACAUUCUGUCAAGGUACAAUAAGUCUUAUCUCUUAUCCUUGUUUGACCCCAGCAUCGUAGCUAUCAAGUAGUAUCGUAAGUAAUUAAAAGCUAGGUUUUACAAUUACAAAACAACGUCCGUAGAAGGUUGUAGCCUUUGAGAAUUUAGUUUGUGUUAUAGCAACAAGUAUAAUUAAGUAUUGUGAAAUGAUUGCCAGUGCAAAUGGAAUGUCCAAGUUUCUAAACUGUUUUUUUUGGUAACACUGUUCAUCUCACAAUGAUGGAUAUCUAAGCAAGAAUUGUUACAUAUUUAAAAAAGUAUCGCAUUACUGCAUUGAUUAUCUUUGCGUUUUGUGAAUUCUCGCCACUUUUUUCAAACAUCGACUACAUACGUGGUUAAUCUGGUCACGUAAAAUGAUUACAUUUGCUCUAAAAGGCUGAUUACAUACGUAUAAGCUUUCCUUGUGUGCUUAAAUGCUGAUAUAGAGCUUAUUAAUGUCCAGCAUAACUUGCUUUUCUGCAAUUUAAAUUGAGCCCGGUUGACAUGCAAAUUUUGAUAGAAUUUAACAAUAUGGGAUUCAUCUGUCUUGUCUUUUCAUAAUAUCUUAGUUUCGAUAUUAUCCGAAUGAUACAUUUUCCGGCUCACCGUCAUUCGAAACAAUGUGAUGUAAAAUAUCUCAAAGACUGAUGCAGCUGAAUAGUUAAAGUCAUAACAUAAUGUGAGAUCUCAGACGCAACGAUACACCUAGUAGUAAAAAACAAACACAUGACAUUUGUGACAACAGCUUAUGUCUGAAGUUGAAUGACGAACCGGAGUAACAUACAUUCAUAGCAAAAUUAGAUUUUUGGUAUGAAAAAAGACAACCGGUUCAUCUGCACAACUGCAAUCAUUUCAAAAUACUCGUCGCUGGAACAUCAUCAGCGCAAUUUGUGUUUUACUUCUUUUAUACGUAACCACUGGAAUUAGAGUCGUUAAGUUCAGUCAGGACAGGAGAUUAGAGUCGGAAAAGAUGGAGACAUUUGAAGGUGAAAAAAUACAAUAUUUAAACUAUAUGGAUAAUAAAAACAGAAGUAAAUGUGUAUCGAA